UUAUUGACAUUUUUUAUCAGAGUUCAAUGACCCCAACUGUGAUUAAUUUGACAAGUGACAGAUGUCACUAACCUCAAACAUUUAAAAAAAAUUUAUUAAUCCUAAAAUAGAUAAUAACGGGUAAGUGUCAGUAUUGGUGGUGCUUCGUUGUGUUGUUAGUGUGCGAACGGGGGCUGUGACAAUGUACUAGAAGUCUGUUGUGUCGUUUGUGGUGACAGUAAACCUAACCUCAAAAUGGAAGAAAUUCUCGAGGACGAGAGCCCCGAUUUGUUCAUUAACUUCACCCCCGAGGUCCAGAAGGCGAUUUCCGAGGUUUUACCCAGUAAGGACCCUCUAGACGAGCCCGAUUUCAACAGUAUUGACUAUAUCAACUCGCUGUUCCCCACGGAACAGUCCCUCUCAAAUAUCGAUGAAGUCGUCACUCGGAUGGAAAAUAAAAUCCAGUCGAUCGACAAUGAGAUAAGCACGGUGGUCCGUGGCCAAAUCACGGCCAGUCAAGAGGGGCGCCAGUCCCUCGACGAAGCCCAAAGAGUCAUCAAACAGUUAUUCAGCCACAUUAAGACUAUCAAAGAGAAAGCGGAAAAGUCCGAGGAGAUGGUCCGCGAAAUCACUCGCGAUAUUAAACAACUCGACUGUGCGAAACGCAACCUAACUUUGGCGAUUACCACCUUGAAUCACCUCCACAUGCUUGUGGGGGGCGUCGACACUUUGAAGCUCCUAACGCAGAGACGACUCUACGGGGAGAUAGCCCUGCCCUUGCAGGCCAUAAGCGAGGUCAUGACCCACUUUGAAACCUACUCGGAUAUCCCCCAAAUCAAGAGUUUGAGCGAUCAAGUCAAGUCGAUCCACGUCGAGUUGGCCGAGCAAAUCACACACGAUUUCAAGGAGGCCUUUUCGGGGACCAACAAGACCACAAUCCCCAACAAACAACUCGCACAAGCGUGUCUCGUGGUCUCCACACUUGACCCCAAAGUCAAAAAAGAUCUGUUGAAGUGGUUUGUCAAUUUACAGUUGCAGGAAUACAACCAUUUGUUUCAAGAAACGGAAGACACCGCCUGGUUGGAUAAAAUUGAUAAGAGAUAUGCGUGGAUUAAGCGACAUUUACUCGAAUUUGAGGACCGUCUAGGGAAUUUAUUCCCGCAAAAUUGGGAGGUUUCCGAACGCAUUGCCGUCCAGUUUUGUCUCAAUACACGAGAGGAACUUGUCAAAAUCAUGGCGAAACGCAAGAGCGAAAUCGAUGUCAAGUUACUGCUGUAUGCGAUUCAGAAAACCUCAACUUUUGAGAAUUUACUCUCGAGGCGUUUCACAGGAGUUACGUUGAGGGACGAUGAGAGUGAGCCUGAUUUCGGGUCAAAACCCCCUUUUACCGGCCUUAUAGGAACCUGUUUUAUCCCACAUUUGGAAAUCUACAUUGAAAGCAUCGACCGGAAUCUCGCUGACUUGAUGGAACGGUUCGUCCAAGACUCCAAACAGAGCCAACCGACGGAAGCCACCGACACCCAAGCCGCAAUCCUCCCCUCAUGUCCCGAUUUGUUCGUUUUUUACAAAAAAAGUAUGAUUCAAUGCACGCAAUUAGACAACGGACAAUCGAUGUUAAGUCUCACUAAAACGUUUCAAAAGUAUUUACACGAAUACUCCGAGAGGAUUCUACAAAAUAAUUUACCCAAAAUCGAGAGUCAAAGUAUUGGAACAAGUGUCCAGUUGCUCACUCGUGACUUGCAAAAAAUAUCAACCUCGGGGAUUAUACACAACUUUUCAUCACUCUUAAAAGAGGGCGAAAUAACGAGGUUUACUAAAGACGAGUUGGCGAAGAUUUGUUGUAUUUUAUCAACAGCCGAGUAUUGUCUAGAAACCACUCAACAGUUGAGUGAUAAACUCAAAGAGAAAAUCGAGCCGGCGUUGGCCGACCAAAUCGACUUGUCGAAAGAACAAGACAACUUUCACAAGGUCAUUUCGAACAGUAUUCAAAUCCUGGUGCAAGACUUGGAAAACGCUUGCGAGCCGGCUUUGACAGCUAUGAGUAAGAUUCAGUGGCAGAAUGUGGACACCGUGGGCGAUCAAAGUCCCUACAUCACGGCUAUUACUACACAUUUCAAGACUACUAUUCCUAUAAUUCGCGAUAAUUUAUCCCACACUCGCAAAUACUUCACUCAGUUUUGCAUAAAAUUCGCCAAUUCAUUCAUCCCUAAAUUCAUCCAGAACAUCUACAAGUGUAAACCGAUAAAUACUGAAGGGGCCGAACAGUUGCUCCUUGAUACGCACAUGUUGAAAACGGUUUUGUUAAAUUUACCAUCGAUUUCGUCACAAAUCAACCGCCAAGCGCCGGCAUCGUACACCAAAGUGGUCACUAAGGGUAUGACAAAAGCCGAGAUGAUUCUCAAGGUCGUUAUGACACCAGUCGACCCAUCGAAAGCUUUCGUCGAACAAUACAAAAAGUUGUUACCCGAUUGCCAAUUAAACGAUUUUUAUAAAAUAUUGGAUAUGAAAAGUGUGAAAAGGCAAGAACAGGCGGUUUUAGUCGAGGUUUUCAAAGCUUACAAAAGUUGAAUUUUUUAUUUUUAAAACCUACUUAAUAACAUUCCAAUGUAUAGUGAAAUAUCAAUAAAAAUUGUAAUUAAUCUAAA